GAUUUUUGUUCGAUUGCAAAUGCUUUUUCUGUUGGCAUUGAUCUUAGAAACUGUCUGGAAAUGAAGUAUUUCACAUUAUCAAAUGGCGUUAGGAUUCCUGCAAUAGCUUUUGGCAGUGGAACCAAAUGGCAAAUUAUCAAAAAGAAAGGCAACGUCGACCCCAACCUGGUUGAUCACAGUAUUUUACUUGAUCCUUUGAUUCAAUCCUUAAUCUCUGCUGUUGAUCUUGGAUUUGAACACAUAGAUACUGCUGAGGUCUACACAACUCACAACGAAGUUCGUCUGGCCAUAGCUUUGUCAAAAUCAAAACGAGAAGAUCUAUUUAUCUGCGACAAGUACUUUUCUGGCUUUCGUGAUAUUUAUGCUGUUUCCAAGGGUCCAUACGAGGCCUGCACAAAGGCUUUGAAAGAACUAGACGUCGACUAUAUCGACUUGUAUUUGAUUCAUUCCUCAAGGGUAAUUCCCGAGUAUUGCCAUGGCUUGACGUUGGAAACAGCAUGGAAGGAGAUGGAACAAUUGUAUAUUGAAGGUAAAGUUAGAGCAAUUGGUGUCAGCAGUUGGUCAAAAGAACAUCUAACUCGCAUCUUUAAAACUGCAAAGAUUAAGCCAAUGGUUAACCAAAUAGAAUUUCAUCCUUAUUUGCAAAAUCAAUCUCCUGGAAUAAUCGCCUUUUGUAAAGAAAACAAUAUCUUAAUUGAAGCCUUUACCCCAUUGGCUAGAAACCAUAUUGGUCUUGCUCAUUCUAUCCUCACUCAAUUGUCUGAAAAAUACAACAAAACUUAUGCUCAAAUCAUUUUAAGAUGGGUCUACCAACAAGGUAUUCUACCAAUUACAACUUCCUCAAAACCCGAAAGAAUUACACAAGCUCUAGAGAUUUUCAAUUUCGAACUAACUGAAGAUGAAAUUCUCCAGAUUUCAAAUGCUGGAAAAAAUGAAACUGUAAGAUUUUUUUGUCAAGCUGAAUAUGGUCAUUAUGAUAAAUAGUCAAGACACAACUAUACAACUAUACAACUAUACAACUAUACAACUAUACAACUAUACAACUAUACAACUAUAUAG